AAUGAAACACAUUUUAAGAGUCGUAUAAUACAUUGUAUUUUUUUAUUAUUAUUUUUUGGUUACAAAUACAUUGUAUUCUGCUGACAAAUACAAUACAAUAUUCUAACUCUAUCAAAGAGGCAAACCAAAUUCUCAAACCUAAUUCGAUUUUCUAAUCUAUUACACCCAGUUAAGCAUCUAGAUGAGUCUUCCACAGGAUCCACCCAGAUCAUUUUUCCCCUUUGGAAAUCCUUUCCGGAUGAUAUCACCCAAAGGCACUAAGUUAUCUCCGCAACUACUGGAAAUAUUACAUGCUUUUGAGAAAACUUUGGAAGAGAGGCUGGAAAAGCUUAUUCCUAAAAGCAAGGAUGAAGUCGUCAGCUUGUCUUGGAUGACUUCAGCUAUGCAGGCACUUUGUGAAAGUCACAACGACAUUAAAACCCUCAUGACAGACCUUGAUCUUCCCGUGAUGGAUUGGGAUGAGAAAUGGAUAGAUGUGUACUUGGACAUUAGUGUGAAGUUGCUGGAUAUAUGCAAUGCAUUUAGCUCCGAGUUAUCACGUCUAAACCAGGGCCACCUUUUACUUCAGUGCACGUUACACCAUUUAGGCUCCUCCUCACCAGAUCAUCUUUUCCGGGCAUGUUCUUCACUUGAUGGUUGGAGGCAGCUUAUGAGUUCGAAGAACCCUAGAAUCGAAAAAUGUGGCAGCAUUUUGGAUGAUCUGGUUGAGUCAUCUGAUAUGCCAAAGGUUAAAAAGUCAGCAAAAGUUACAGUUUGGAUGCAAGCUAUAUAUGGAGUAAAGGCGCUGACGGUUUUUGUGUGUAGUGUGUUUGCUACCGCUUUUUCAGGCUCUACAAAGAACUUGAUGGAUAUGGAUGUGGCCGAUAUUUAUUCCUGGGCUCCAACUUUUAAAGUUCUGCAGAAUCUUGUUAAUGAGGAGAUUAGAGUUAGAUUUUCAAGUGGGAAAUUUACUGUAUCGAAUGAGCUGGAAGCCGUUGAUUUUUCUGUGAGGGAAUUAUACCCUAUUAUCCAAGGUGUUGUACAUACAAUUGAGACAGAAUCGCAUGCAAAAACUGUUGAGAAAUUAGGCAGAGCAACGGAGAAUUUCUCUGAAGGACUGGAUCUUCUUGCAAAGGAGGUGGAUGGCUUUUUCCAAGUGGUCUUGUCUGGCCGUGAUGCCUUGCUAGCUAAUCUGAGGUCAGUUACACUCGGCAAUGACCACAUCUUGGGAGGGAAAAGUGAUGCACAAGUGGUCAAUUGAAUAUGUUGCAGCCUAGUCUUGGUAUAUACUUAGGAAUCUAGGUAUUUGGUUUUAUCUUUUGUGAUUGAAAAUGUUAUUCAAUCUUAUUUUCCUUAUAUUGAAGUUAUCUUUAGUAAUAAUAGGUUUUAUAAUUGUAUUAUUGAACUGCUGAAAUUUGUAGUUGUGAUAUUCUGUGUAUCAAAGUACAAUAAAGUAUGUAUAAAGUUUAUAGAGAAUGAUCUCAAAAUAAAAUUUUAA